AGUACAAAACCCAGCUGUUUCAAAGUUCUCUUUUUGUCAUAGUUAGAAUUUAUACAUCAACAGUACAUGACGUGAAUUUUUCCUAUUUAAACAAACGUCAUCAGCUAAUUGGAGUUAGAGGAAAGUGUGAUUUCACGUGUACAUAAUAAGUUUAUUAGGAAAAGCUGUACACGUACAGCUAGUUGGAGCUUUCAUCUUUCAGAAUCUGGUAUAGAUGGUUAGCUAUGAGCUAUGAGUCUGGUUUAGUACUAGCUAGAAGACAGCAAAGAGAAUAUCCGCCAGAAUUAAGACAGGAGAUUGCUCUUCUUGCCAUAGAAAUCGGUAAUAACAGGGAGGUUGCAAGAGUUUACAGCCUCAAACUUGGGUACACAGUUAACGAAUCAACAGUUAGAGGAAUUAAAAAGCGCUAUUUAGAGGGUAUACAAAGGGGUAAGAUAGCAGCACCUGCUGGCCUUCUCUUGAACUGUUUUUCUCCAAGAUCCUCUACUCUUCAGAAUCCACAUAGCACAGAAGAAGUAGGAACCUUCUCUCACGAGAGUAGUUUCGGAGCCGAGACCUCCAUUGACGGACUCCAGGGGGAGGAGGAGUGUCAAGGAGACGGGGAAGGAUUGGUUGAAGGUCAGGAGUUUACAGGAGAUGAUAUAGAAGAACUUUAUUACUCCAGGGAGGACGAGGACGUAGACCAAAUCGAGCCUGAGUCUGUUAUGAAAUUGCAGUUAGAGAUAUUAGAAGGAAGAAUGAAAGAAGAAGUUGAUGAUCAUGGAGAUUUAUCUUCAAACGGAGAUUUAGACGAACCCAACCCUUUAUCCAUAGUUGAUACUGAACCGGAGGAAGCUGUUAAACCUGCCAUACGGAUCAACAAGGGAAUAUUAUGUGUUUAAUGUUGUGUUCUAGGAUAAACAAGGGAAUAUAAUGUGUUUAAUGUUGUGUUCUAGGAUCAACAAGGGAAUAUAAUGUGUUUAAUGUUGUGUUCUAGGAUCAACAAGGGAAUAUAAUGUGUUUAAUGUUGUGUUCUAGGAUCAACAAGGGAAUAUAAUGUGUUUAAUGUUGUGUUCUAGGAUCAACAAGGGAAUAUAAUGUGUUUAAUGUUGUGUUCUAGGAUCAACAAGGGAAUAUAAUGUGUUUAAUGUUGUGUUCUAGGAUCAACAAGGGAAUAUAAUGUGUUUAAUGUUGUGUUCUAGGAUCAACAAGGGAAUAUAAUGUGUUUAAUGUUGUG